GAGACUUCCGGUACGUUUGUAUUUUUGACCAUAGCUUGUUAUCUCCCCUUAAUGACUGACGCCCAUGGUCGACUCAUUAUGCCGCCGUCACGGAGUUCUAUGUGGAGAAACGGAUUCAGUACUCCCAUAAAUUACAUGGAUCACCAAUUGUGGUGUGGGGGAUAUUGGAAUCAGUGGGGAAUUAACAAAGGAAAAUGUGGUCUAUGUGGCGACCCAUACCAGGAAAACCCGCGUGAAAACGAAGCCGGCGGAAAAUACGCUACAGGCAUCAUUUCCAAAUGCUAUCAAUAUCAUUCCUCUGGACAAAAUAUGGACAUUCAGGUCGAAUUAACAGCUAAUCAUCUUGGGUACUUUGAAUUUAGACUCUGUGAACAUAACGACACAUCAACAGCCAUAACACAGGCUUGCUUAGACAAGAACCUUUUGAGAUUUCCGGACAACAGCACCAGGUAUUACGUCAGAGGUGGCGUUAAAGGUGUGAUAAACCUUCAGCUUCGGAUUCCUGCCAGAGUGACAUGUACUCAGUGUGUUCUACAGUGGAAAUAUAAUACGGGUAACUUUUGGGGUUUUGACAAAUAUGGAAGUGGAAAUGGUCAUGGUGCGCAGGAGCAAUAUUACGGCUGUUCAGACAUUGCAAUUCUUCGAAGCUGUAAUCACUUCUAG